GUCAGCUGUUCACAGGGGAGAAAAAGAUGGAGCACAGGUGACAUACGUGCAGACCUUGGGGCGCGAGUUUGAUAAUCGUUUGUAAUUAAGUUAAUAUAAUCCCCAUGAAAAGAUAAGUAGGCCCGAGUAAUGACGCGAUACGUGACGAAAAUUUGACGGCAAUCAUCCCCCUGUCGGACCUUCGUUAUUUGUUUAAUUUCGUGGAUAAUGACCAGUGGAGAACGCGACACAAGUCCGCAGAGAAAUGGUGAUAAUUUGCGGCCGACCAAUGAUUCAGGAAGUGAUAACGUGGUCCAAACAUCACUCGCAACAAGCUCCGCACUAGAAGAACGAUUAGCCUCGAAAAUGUUACACUAUGGCAAAGAAUUAUGUUUCUUUGCUGCAAUAUUAUUCACCACCUUAGCAGCUCUGCACACUUCGCCUCCAAAAGUGUCACAACCUCCUUUAGCUCGGCCAUUCUUCAACCAAAGCUCGCUGGUUUUGGAUUUUUACAAGGGUCAUUUAGGCGCCGCUAUUGAAAGAGUCACAGAUGCAGAUCUCAGUUUUGUUAUGUACUACGCACCAUGGGAUGCUGAGAGUCAAGCCGUUCGACAGGAGUUUGAAAUUGUGGCCCGUUUUCACCACAAACAGAUAUUUUUUGCAGCCAUCAAUUGUUGGCACCCAGGUUCAGAGUGCCGGGCUCAAUACAGCAAGAUUCAGAGCUACCCAGUUUUGAUGCUCUAUCCUAGACGAGGACCUGGUGUUCAGUACAGAGGCAUUCGUACUGCAGCGUACAUGAUACGCUUUCUCCAUGCAUUUAUGAACCCAAUAUUCAGAAUUACUGACAGAAAUCAGCUCCUGAACCUGAUUGUAGACUAUGACGCUGUGGUGAUAGGGUACUUUAAUUUUACCGGACUAAAAAACUCGCCGGGAUACAAUGUGUUUUACAAAACUGCAAUUAAAUCACUAGAAAGAGAUCCUAACAGAGAGCUAGCAUUUGCUGUGGUUACCGAUACAUCCGCAGAAUCUAAUUACGGAGUCACGGAAUUUCCUUCUGCUAGAUUGCUACUUUGGAACGAGUCAUUGAGUUAUCCUGUGGAAAAUGAAUGGAAAUCUGAUAGUUUGCUGAAGUGGAUUGGUGGAGCACUACAUCAAGCUACUCUUUGGCUGCAACCCCCAGGUACAAAGUCUCUAACACUAGCACCAUAUUUGAAGGAUGGACCAGUAUUGUUUCUAUUUACACCCAGGAACCCGUUUCAUCGAUAUAACUACUACUAUAAUUUGUUGAAAGCAAUUGGGGUGCAGUAUUAUAAUUGCGGCGACAACUUGAUGAUCGAAGACAUAGUAAACCACUUGGAGUAUGUUCGCCCUAGAGAAAAGGCAAAGCAUUAUGAUAAAAGUAAGCAGUGUAUGCGCCUUUUAGAUAGAAACAAGAUUCAACAACCGGUUCCAAAAAUAAGUAUUUCCGAUCGACAGUGGAUAAACAGCAGCUGUUGUACUCAAAUUUUAACUAAUAAGUGCUUAAUGUGCAAGAAGAAAACAUCUGUGUUACUAAAGAGUGAAGACCCGGUAUGUGCCGCAAAUUUCAACAGCUUUUAUCACAGCUGUAAGCAAAUAGAUGUCUUUAACAUACCUGCAGAAGAGAGGAAAGAACACGAACAAAACGAAUUUUGCUGUGAAAACCAUGAAAUGAUGGAAGGUGUUGAAACUUCUAUUUUAACAGAAGAAAAUGACGCACAAACUCCAAAUGCUUUGUCUGAUUACAUUCUAAAAGAUGAAUGCAGACACUUACUAACUGGAAAUAAUUAUCAUCCACCAGUAUUUCCGAAAAAUUUGCCUCACGAUCAUCAGAAAAUUAAUUUAACAUCUUCCAUAUGCAAGACUAACAAAACAUUGGCUUUGAUAGCUGUUGAUAGCCUGCAGUUCUUUCAUAUUGCUGAGGGGCUGGGUAUUGAUGUUGCAAUAAAGAAAGAUAAAACUACUGUGGCUAUUGUAGACCCUCUGCAAGAAAGCCAAUACAUUUUGGAGCAAGCUGUGAGCUAUAACUCGCUUGUACAAUUCAUAAACAAUUACACCGAAAAUUCGUUAGAACGUUAUUUAUGCUCACACAGCCGUUUGGAAUCAGUAAAGAAUUCUAAAACACACCAGACAUGCAGUUUCAGCGAAAACUCUGUAAUAUGUGUUGCAGAGAUAACAACCGAUACAUUUUUGGAUACUGUUAUGAACCCUGACAAGGAUGUAGUAGUAAUGUACCAUUCACCUUACUGCGCAUUUUGUCACGUAGUAUCAUACGUGUUCCUAACAGUGGCACAGUACUUACAUAACAUGCAGAAUCUAACUUUUGUGCGUAUUAACGGAGACGGAAACGAUCUGCCGUGGGAAUAUACAAUGAACCGAUAUCCAGCCAUUCUCUUCUUCCCAGCUAAGAGAAAAGCAGACAGCACUGUCUUUCCGUUCUCUCUACCAAUCAGCAUUCCAAAUUUCCUCAACUUUGUUCUUGCCAACUUGGAUGGGGAUGCACACGUUGAAGCCUUGGUAAACAUCUGCCACUUGGGAAUAGGAGAUUCGCCAGCUGACUGUGUAUCCCAAAUUAGGCUUCUUUGUUUAGAAAUAAUUGAAGACUUACUUCGGAGCUACAGAAGACUGCGACGAAGUUUAGUUAGUGUUACAAAUAAGACUGCCACAAGUAAGAAAUUGAAAGUGUUACUAUUAAGGUUACAGCAUAUUAAAGAAAUUCAUUUGACAUUAGGGUCGAUCAGCGAUCUACGAAUUGACGAGGACAAGGUUAUCUUAAUUCGGGAUAAGUUUAAAUCGUAUUAUCAAGAGCUAUCAGCUCUUGACAUAGACAAUGGUGUAGAUAGGAAGGUCGUUAGUGACAAGCAUGUAAAUAUUAACAAUGUAAGUAAACUCAGACAUGAGUUGUGAUAUUCGCUCACUCGCGCUAUGCAAAUCUGAUAUUUGGUUUGUGGACACUUUCGUUCCUGUCGUGGUUCAUUAUAUCUGCGCCCGACCAUUGCUCGGUAGCAAAGACACUGCAUUUCAAAUACAACCUAAAGUUUCCAUACUGACUUAUCAAUGUGAUUUGUUGCUGGAUUAUUUAAAAUUGCGCCACUUCAAAUUAAUUUCAAUUUCUGACAAGAGUUGCUGCGUGACGACACAGUGACAUAUCAAAUUGUGAAAUCAUGAGUCUUUUCAUGUUAGAAAACAUUCCCAUUCAACUCUGACGUGGGUUUCUUUUUGGGAAUAUAUUGAAAAAACAAUUACUAAAAUGAUAUGUUAGAUUUGAAAUCCUGCACAAUACAAUGAAUGACAUGUCAUAAAUUUUUUCUCUUGCUAUACCAAAUCCUGGUUGAG